CUUACUGUUUUUUUUUAAUGUGGAGUACGUACGUACUGGGGUAUAGUAGUAUUAAUAUUUAAUCCUAUAGUAUGGAGUGACUUAUUCUUUUUUUUACACUCUUUAAUUUUUAACAUUUGUUUUCAAUUAUAAAGGGAUGUUCUUUUCGAUUGAUAACCUUUAAAUAUACAGUUUUUUUCAUAGUAUUGAAAUUUUGUAGAGAUGUGUGUGCGUGUGUGUAUUAGGGACAUGUAAUUAGCAGGGGAGGAUUAGGGAGAGAAAGGCGGCUCUGGAGGGACGUAAUAACAGGGGCGGUUCUGGUGGGGAUGAACGCGUGCAUGACGGUGGGGUGCGUGGUGGGAUUCACCUGCUGGAGCGUAACGGUGACGAGGCGAGAGAUGUGGGGGCGGGCGGAGCGCAUCAGGCAGAUGGAGGCUGCCCGGGAGGCGGAGAGGAAGAGCAUGAGAAAGAUUGACGCGUUUGCCGGAGCCAGCCACGAGGUCCGCACCGCCCUCGCCGGCAUCACCGGCUUGAUCCACAUGUGCCGGGCCGAGGUCCCUCCCGGCUCCUCCUUGGAUUUCAACCUCAACCACAUCGACUCCUGCACCAACGACCUCAAGAGCUUGUUGAACUCAAUCCUAGACACGAGCAAGAUUGAGUCGGGGAAGAUGCAAGUUGAAGAAGAGGAGUUUGAUUUACAGCAAGUGCUGGAAGAUGUUGUGGACCUGUACUAUCCCGUGGGCAUGGAGAAGGGGGUGGAUGUCAUAUUGGAUCCAUGCGAUGGGUCAGUUGAGCAUUUUAGGGAGGUCAAGGGGGACAGAGGCAAGCUCAAGCAGAUCCUCUGUAAUCUCCUGUACAACUCCAUCAAGUUCACCGACCAAGGGCAUGUUUCCCUUCGCGCUUGGGCGGUGGCACCAAAACACCCCACAACUGGUGGCGGCGCCACUAGCAUCCACAAUCGCAGUGGGAACGGCAGGCCUUUCAGUUUCGCUUCGCGUCUCCUUUUCGGAAGCAUUUCACGCGGUAAAGCUGCUGCAGCUGCAGCAACAGAAACAGGACUACUUGAAAACAGUGGCAGGGAUGAUGUGAUGGAGUAUGUAUUUGAGGUGGUUGAUACAGGGAGAGGGAUUCCCAAGGAGAAGCACAAGUUUGUGUUUGAAAACUACGUCCAAGUCAAAGAAACAAGUGCGAGUGAUAAUCAUCAUCAUGGGCAUUUAGGUCACGGUCUAGGGCUCGGCAUUGUUAGGUCUCUAGUGCAUUUGAUGGGCGGGGAGAUUGGCAUCAUCGACAAGGAAAUAGGGGAAAAGGGGACUUGUUUUAGGUUCAACAUAUUCUUGGGAAAUCCCCGUCAUCCUCCGGGUAAUUCAACAAGACAAGAUAUCGAGUCGUCCCCAUGUAUUUACGGUUCCAAGUGUUGGCCCUCAUCCAGAGUUACAUCACAGGUUGUUCUCUUCAUUCAGAGCGAAGAAAGGAGUGAAAUUGCAAGGAGAUUCCUAAAAAACCGGGGGAUUAAAGUCACUGUCAUUACCAAGGGAUAUCAGCAGUUGAGCAAGACACUAAAGAAGAUUAGAUCUAAGCUUUUCGUUCCAUCCAAGAGUGGUCAGCCAACAACAAGUAACUCUCAGUCAUCAGCUUCUUCUACACCUUCAUCCUCAAGGUCAAGGUCAAGAUCAAAGGAGGUGGUACACGACGCUAAGGAUGGAGCACGAGAUACUAUGGUGUUGAUGAUAGUAGACACGAGAGCAGGGCCAUUCCCAGAAGUGAGUCGCACAGUUGCGGAAUUCCAAAGGGACCUACUCCAACUAGGAGGAUUUGCUAGAGUUGUUUGGAUAGACAUCUCAAGAGCACAUGACAACAGGGAGAAGCUGCUGCUUCCCUCCACUGAUCUUGUCAUGUCCAAGCCUUUGCACGGAUCCAGUUUGAAUCGAAUUUUAGAGCUUCUUCCCGAGUUUGCAUCAUCAACCAAACCUUCCCCCCAAUCAUUCAUUCCUUCAGGAGAGAUACAGGUGGUAAUCGACAAAGAAAAAGAUUAUGAUGAGUGUGGUCCAAGCACGAGAGGCGACACUGCUGCACAAAACAAGCCAUUGCAAGGGAAAAGAAUCUUGAUAGUUGACGACACUCUGUUGCAGCGCAGAAUAUGCAUCGCGGUAGUUUCCCAACUAGGUGCUCAAAGCUACACCUGUGACAAUGGUGCAGAAGCUGUAGAACUUGUGACUGAGGCACUACAGAAUUGGGAUAACAAACACACUUUUGAUUACAUCCUAAUGGAUUGUGAGAUGCCAGUGAUGGAUGGAUUUGUGGCAACAAUGCGCAUAAAGGAAAAGGGGGAAGCAAUGGGGAUACAGAUUCCCAUCAUUGCUCUCACAGCACAUACAGGAAAGGAGGAAAUGGACAAGAUCACUGGCGCUGGAAUGGAUUACUACUUACCCAAGCCCCUCACAACUGUCAAUCUUCUAACAGCUAUACAGUACUUAGACAAAGCAUAAAAAACUAACGAGAACUCUCUAAUU